AUGUACAUUGCAAAUUACUGUCGGGAACUGUCGGGUGUCAGGGCGUAGUUGCAACAACGUACAGCACGAUUUUCCAAGAUAUUUUCUUUCCUUUUCGACUUCGCUUUCCAGAUUCACUUGAUAAUGGUUAAAUAUUUAGAAACUCAGGCGGAAUUUGAUGCAUUUCGUGAAGAACACAAAGAUAAAUUAGUGGUCAUAGAUUUCACAGCAUCUUGGUGUGGACCAUGCAAACACAUUGCUCCUGCUUUCGAGAAAUUAGCUAACGAAUAUCCGAAUGUCGCAUUUGCUAAAGUGGAUGUUGAUAAUAAUUCGGAAGUUGCAGAAUCCGAAGGGGUUAGUGCAAUGCCUAGCUUUUUCUUCUAUAAAAACGGAGACAAGAUUGAUUCUAUAACUGGAGCAAAUGAAGCAAAGCUCGAAGAACUAAUUAAAAAAUAUCAGAAAUAAUUUCCCAGGUCAAUCUUCUUAACACCAAAACGUAUUUUGCACGAAGUUGUUUACUUAUAAGAAUAAAUUCCAAUGUAGCUACUACCUAAUGCACCUAGUAACAGUUUAAUUUCUCUCCGGACCGUAGAGAAAUAAUUGUAAUAGGAAAAUACAAGGAGUGAAAAUUUAAGAAGCAUGUGCC